ACGACGAGCCCUUCAGCCAGCACCGCACCGGGAAAGUCAGCACGCGGGGAACAGAGACAGAGACACAGCGAGUGGAAAUGGUACUACUACCGACAUGGUUGUCGUGGCAGGAACUCGGCCGUUUCCACGUGCUGUUCUCGUUGCUUGCCGGCUUGUGCGGCUGUUGGCUUGUAGCAGCAAGGAGACGGCGCACGAAAAACGACGGGGAGGCCUUGUUCGCUGUGAUACUUGGCAUUUCGACGGGAAACCCCGAGUACCGGGUUUCCAAGGAGCAGGCAUUUCGGCACGCGGCGGGCGCGACCGAUCCGUCGAGCCCCAUCGCUCGCGUCCUCGACCGGGUCUACAACAACUCCCGGAUCAACAAUCGGUAUUUCUGCGUACCCGACCUAGCGGCAGCGGGAGCGGGCGGGGGGGGCUCAGGGCUGGGCGAGGAGCUGCGGGAGGAUGACGCCGCCAUCCAAGCGAUGCUCGCGGAAAGCAUUUUGGCGGAAGAGGGGGGGGGAGGGGGGGCAGCGGCGGGGGCGGAGAUGUUUUACCCCGAGGAUGGCAGCUUGAGGGUUAACACCGACCGACGAUUCCAGCGGUUCGCCGAGUGCGCGUUGCCUCUGGCCACGAGGGUCGCCAAGAGGGCUCUGAGAGAAGUCGGCGUGGGACCCGCGGAUGUCGGGAGGAUUGUGGUCGUCACGUCCACGGGGGUGUGCGGGCCGGGGCUUGACGGAGAGCUCGUCAAGAGCAUCGGGCUGAACCACUCGGUGGAGAGGGAGGUGGUGUCCUUCCAGGGGUGCGGCGCCGGGAUCAACGGCCUCCGCCUGGCCUCGCAGUACGCGGUGACGCACCCUGGGCGGCUGGCACUGCUUGUCUCUGUGGAACUCCCUUCCUUGCACAUGCACAAGGGGGACACGGUGAACGACGCGAUCCUGCACGCUAUCUUCGGGGACGGGUGUGCGGUGGCGGUGGUGGCCGGGCGGACGGCGAGAAACGCCGAGCCGGGGUCCUUGGCGGUCCUGGACAACCGAUCCUGGCUGGUGGACGGUACGGAGGACGGGAUCAAGAUGACCUUCGGUGACAACGGCGUGUCGUGCACGCUGUCGAAGCGACUACCGGACUACGUCAAAACCAACGUCGCAGACUUCGUUGAGGAGAUGUUGGGGGCACAUGGCGUCGACAAGGGUGACGUCGAUUUCUGGGCGCUUCAUCCGGGGGGGCACCGUAUCGUUGAGGAGACGCGCAAGAGUCUUCACCUGAGUCUGGAGGAGACGGAGGGUUGCUGGGAAGUGUUGCGAGACUACGGGAACAUGGUUUCCGCCACAGUCCUAUUUGUUUUGGAGCGGGCGCUGGGGCAACACAAGCGACUGCUAGAGAACGGUGACGGCGACGGCCGCGGCUUGCGGCACGUCGUGGCUCUCUCCUUUUCCCCCGGGGUGACGGUGGAGGGAUUGCUGCUCAAGGCCAUGCCGCCGGUCGUCGCCCAGCCCCACGGCCAACGCUGAACGAACCCUUGGCCGGGUAAAAUUAUUUAUGGCGGAUUGCCCUGGGCUCGCUACACGGCGUAUGGUUCCGGUAGUCCGUUGUCCGUAACGUAAAGAUGAAUAAUGUGUCUGUUGAAUCUUGGCGAGGAGCAAGUUUUUUGCCUGGCAUUUUAACUUUGUUUAGAGCGCAGCUUCCAACACUGAUGUCACCGCAGUGUUGGGGGGCUCUCGUUCUCCACACGCAUGGUGGUAGAUAUCAUCACCGUUUUUUUGUCCUUUCGUUGUUGUUGUGUUUUUGCUCUCACCCGCGCCAAGCCAGGGCACCGUGCCCAAAAUCAAUGUUAUCGGGCGGAAAGAGAACCAGAGUAUUUUACUUCGCACCUUGCUUUGAAGAGCACCGAACCCCUUCCGAUACCACGGAUCCGUGUUGCGAUGCUGAAAAUAGUCACAGAGGCUUCUUUGAGGGUACACUGCUGCUGCUGUACUGUUCAAGACCCGGCGUGCAUUUCGCACACCAUUUCUGUACCAAUGUACACGUAAGAGUCAAUCUGAACACAACACGUGCUCAUUUCUGUGGGUACUUUCCUUCUCUUUUUGAUCUCGUGCGUGACGAGAAAUGUCUUUGCUGGUUGUUUUGUUUGUUUCGGGUCCCGUAUUUUGGUAAGAGUAUCCUGUGACUAUCGAACGAAGUCGUACCAGCUGCUGUUGUAGCUGGGUCGUGGAGUGCGGAACAAGUUGCGAAGGGACACGGGAGGAAGUGGAACGGUUUCUAACGCACGUAUGUAACAACACGAACUAAGCGACGUGUCCACCACCAACGUGUAUCGUUCGUGGCCAGUGGUCUUUGGUCACACAUUUCACGAUGCACAUGCACUUGGCGCCUGUGUACAGUAGAUGGCGUUUGUUCGUGAUUUCCACACAUAACACAUUGUACAUCAGUGAGGGAAGGGACACUUGACCGACCUAGAACAAGCAAUCCACCGUCUAGGGUUCUCUCUUUGUGCGACGCCCGGCAGGAGCUCCUCGGUGAAGAGAGGUGCCCUGACGGGAUGACGAAAGUUCGGGAAAACGCAAUCUCUUCUCCGAAGGACUAAUAAAGCCAACAACAAAGCACACAACAGAGCAUAUCUGCCUUACAACCACAGCAAUCGGUCCCCUUUCGUAUGGAAAGACGAGAUUGUAAGCAAGUCACUCCGAACCUUGCACGAGAAAAUAGUGAAGAAGUCACGUCACCACGGGAAGCACCUGCAAUACCUCAUCAACACGGCUGUCUACAGCUACUGCGAAAGCUGCGAAAGCUGCUGCAAAAAAAAAUACAGCAAUGAAGCGUUCAUACCACAUGCUCAGCAAACGCUGCAUGUCCGCGUCCUUACGAAACCCUUCUUCUCAAAAAUUGUUUGACAUCGACGCUUCGCUGCUGCUGUACACCUUAGGAGACCAACAACAUCAACGCAAAAGUGUCAUUCCGUAAGACGCCAUCGCUCAGUCAUUCACUCGCUACAGCACACAAACCUAAAACCGAGCUGAAGAACCUUGCACUGCGCCGUUUGCAUCCUGGUAAACUUGUCAGCGCUAGAUACGGACACCACGGGGGCCACUUCUCACACCACCAAAGGAACAGCCUUGACCUCCGCCCAGAAAUCCCCGCGGCCGGCACCUUUGUUGUGCUGACUGCUGUAGUAGUGGCCCCCUUCAUGUGCUCCACCCCAACCGACCAAGCAUAACAGACAAUUCUCGUCGCUCCGGACGUCCCGCGAGUCGCUUUCCGCUACCGCCUUGAUGAAUACCUGCGCAGCAGGCACGCAGGUAGGUGGGCGUUCGCGGCAAGACGGCGGGCGACACAACCGAGCAAGGCAGCGAACGGCCGGUCGAUAGCUGGUCGCGGCGAGCUUCGGCUCGAGAGCUAUUGCUGUAGCUCGGGAAAUACAAAACUCUGCGCAAUCGAAACAAACACCAUUUGUCUCGCAAAAACGUGUUCACGAUAGAGACGAGUG